AUGAAUUUUUCGUUCAUCAAGCUACUGGCAGUAGCUUCUUACUUUUCUCAAGUAGAAGCAGGCUUUAUCUGGAAGCCUCAAGGAGAGAAUGAAGUUGACGACGGGAGCUACAAGGUUGUCAGAGAUUUCGACUACACAUACCUCGGCCUUUUGAAAAGAAAUAUUGCAUACACAUGGACUGUUUCACCUCCAGUAGUUGGUGACUCCACACUCACCUCAUUCACUACAGCUCUCAGCACGGUUCUCCCCGACAGUCAACCAACUACUUUUAUUGCGACCAUCACAGCUGAUGAAAACGAUCUUAAAAAGCGUGGAUGCCAUUCUUGCAGUACUACAAGUGCUAAAGAAACAAGCGAAUCUGGUAACUCUGGUACAGGAAGUGGUUCAGGCUCUGGUUCAGGCUCUGGUUCAGGUUCCGGCUCCGGCUCCGGCUCCGGCUCCGGCUCAGGUUCUGGUUCAGGUUCUGGUUCAGGUUCAGGUUCAGGUUCAGGUUCUGGCUCUGGCUCUGGCUCUGGCUCUGGCUCUGGCUCUGGCUCUGGCUCUGGUUCUGGUUCUGGUUCUGGUUCAGGAAGUGGCUCUGGCUCUGGUUCUGGUUCAGGAAGUGGCUCUGGUUCUGGCUCUGGCUCUGGCUCUGGCUCUGGCUCUGGCUCUGGCUCUGGCUCUGGCUCUGGCUCCGGUUCUGGCUCCGGUUCUGGCUCUGGUUCAGGUUCAGGUUCUGGGGCUGCAAGUACUGUUACCGUUACACAAACUGUCACUGGUUCUGGUGCAACCAUUACUCAAGUAUCAACAAUUCAAGGAGCUGCUCAAACAGUCUACGUCACUGAAACCGCAUCCGGUGCCGCACAGACUGUGUACGUUACAUCAACUGUUAAAGGUGAAGCUGCUACAGUCACUGAAACAGGUGCUGCUCAAACUGUCACUGUUACUGGUGAAGCUGCUACUGUUACUGCCACUGGUGCUGCUCAGACCGUCUAUGUCACUGAGACCGCUGCUGGUGCCGCUCAAACUGUCACAGUUACCGGUGAAGCUGCUACUGUUACUGCCACUGGUGCUGCUCAGACCGUCUAUGUCACUGAGACCGCUGCUGGCGCCGCUCAAACUGUCACAGUUACCGGUGAAGCUGCCACUGUUACUGCCACUGGCGCCGCUCAAACUGUCACUGUUACCGGUGAAGCUGCUACUGUUACUGCCACUGGCGCUGCUCAGACCGUCACUGUUACUGGUGAAGCUGCUACUGUCACUGCCACUGGCGCCGCUCAAACUGUCACUGUAACUGGUGAAGCUGCUACUGUCACUGCCACUGGUGCUGCUCAGACUGUCUAUGUCACUGAGACUGCUGCUGGUGCCGCUCAAACAGUUACUGUUACCGGUGAAGCUGCUACUGUUACUGCCACUGGUGCCGCUCAAACUGUCACUGUAACUGGUGAAGCUGCUACUGUUACUGCCACUGGUGCUGCUCAGACUGUCUAUGUCACUGAGACUGCUGCUGGUGCCGCUCAAACAGUUACUGUUACCGGUGAAGCUGCUACUGUUACUGCCACUGGUGCCGCUCAAACUGUCACAGUUACCGGUGAAGCUGCUACUGUCACUGCCACUGGCGCCGCUCAAACUGUCUAUGUCACUGAGACCGCUGCUGGUGCCGCUCAAACUGUCACAGUUACUGGUGAAGCUGCUACUGUCACUGCCACUGGCGCCGCUCAAACUGUCUAUGUCACUGAGACCGCUGCUGGUGCCGCUCAAACAGUUACUGUUACCGGUGAAGCUGCUACUGUCACUGCCACUGGCGCCGCUCAAACUGUCACUGUAACUGGUGAAGCUGCUACUGUUACUGCCACUGGCGCUGCUCAGACCGUCUAUGUCACUGAGACCGCUGCUGGUGCCGCUCAAACUAUCACAGUUACCGGUGAAGCUGCUACUGUUACUGCCACUGGCGCUGCUCAGACUGUCUAUGUCACUGAGACCGCUGCUGGUGCCGCUCAAACAGUUACUGUUACCGGUGAAGCUGCUACUGUUACUGCCACUGGCGCCGCUCAAACUGUCUAUGUCACUGAGACCGCUGCUGGUGCCGCUCAAACUGUCACAGUUACUGGUGAAGCUGCUACUGUCACUGCCACUGGCGCCGCUCAAACUGUCACUGUAACUGGUGAAGCUGCUACUGUUACUGCCACUGGCGCUGCUCAGACCAUCUAUGUCACUGAGACCGCUGCUGGUGCCGCUCAAACUAUCACAGUUACCGGUGAAGCUGCUACUGUUACUGCCACUGGCGCUGCUCAGACUGUCUAUGUCACUGAGACCGCUGCUGGUGCCGCUCAAACAGUUACUGUUACCGGUGAAGCUGCUACUGUUACUGCCACUGGCGCCGCUCAAACUGUCUAUGUCACUGAGACCGCUGCUGGUGCCGCUCAAACUGUCACAGUUACUGGUGAAGCUGCUACUGUUACUGCCACUGGCGCUGCUCAGACUGUCUAUGUCACUGAGACCGCUGCUGGUGCCGCUCAAACAGUUACUGUUACCGGUGAAGCUGCUACUGUUACUGCCACUGGUGCCGCUCAAACUGUCACUGUAACUGGUGAAGCUGCUACUGUUACUGCCACUGGUGCUGCUCAGACUGUCUAUGUCACUGAGACUGCUGCUGGUGCCGCUCAAACAGUUACUGUUACCGGUGAAGCUGCUACUGUUACUGCCACUGGUGCCGCUCAAACUGUCACUGUAACUGGUGAAGCUGCUACUGUUACUGCCACUGGUGCUGCUCAGACUGUCUAUGUCACUGAGACUGCUGCUGGUGCCGCUCAAACAGUUACUGUUACUGGUGAAGCUGCUACUGUCACUGCCACUGGCGCCGCUCAAACUGUCACUGUUACUGGUGAAGCUGCUACUGUUACUGCCACUGGCGCUGCUCAGACCAUCUAUGUCACUGAGACCGCUGCUGGUGCCGCUCAAACUGUCACAGUUACCGGUGAAGCUGCUACUGUCACUGCCACUGGCGCCGCUCAAACUGUCUAUGUCACUGAGACCGCUGCUGGUGCCGCUCAAACAGUUACUGUUACCGGUGAAGCUGCUACUGUUACUGCCACUGGCGCUGCUCAAACAGUCACUGUAACUGGUGAAGCUGCUACUGUUACUGCCACUGGCGCUGCUCAGACCGUCUAUGUCACUGAGACCGCUGCUGGUGCCGCUCAAACUGUCACAGUUACUGGUGAAGCUGCUACUGUCACUGCCACUGGCGCCGCUCAAACUGUCUAUGUCACUGAGACCGCUGCUGGUGCCGCUCAAACAAUUACUGUUACCGGUGAAGCUGCUACUGUCACUGCCACUGGCGCCGCUCAAACUGUCUAUGUCACUGAGACCGCUGCUGGUGCCGCUCAAACAAUUACUGUUACCGGUGAAGCUGCUACUGUCACUGCCACUGGCGCCGCUCAAACAGUUACUGUUACCGGUGAAGCUGCUACUGUCACUGCCACUGGCGCUGCUCAGACCGUCUAUGUCACUGAGACCGCUGCUGGUGCCGCUCAAACUGUCACAGUUACUGGUGAAGCUGCUACUGUCACUGCCACUGGCGCCGCUCAAACUGUCUAUGUCACUGAGACCGCUGCUGGUGCCGCUCAAACUGUCACAGUUACUGGUGAAGCUGCUACUGUCACUGCCACUGGCGCCGCUCAAACUGUCACUGUAACUGGUGAAGCUGCUACUGUCACUGCCACUGGUGCUGCUCAGACUGUCUAUGUCACUGAGACCGCUGCUGGUGCCGCUCAAACAGUUACUGUUACCGGUGAAGCUGCUACUGUUACUGCCACUGGCGCUGCUCAGACUGUCUAUGUCACUGAGACCGCUGCUGGUCCAGCUCAAACAGUUACUGUUACCGGUGAAGCUGCUACUGUUACUGCCACUGGCGCUGCUCAGACCGUCUAUGUCACUGAGACCGCUGCUGGUGCCGCUCAAACAAUUACUGUUACCGGUGAAGCUGCUACUGUCACUGCCACUGGCGCCGCUCAAACUGUCUAUGUCACUGAGACCGCUGCUGGUGCCGCUCAAACUGUCACAGUUACUGGUGAAGCUGCUACUGUCACUGCCACUGGCGCCGCUCAAACUGUCACUGUAACUGGUGAAGCUGCUACUGUCACUGCCACUGGUGCUGCUCAGACUGUCUAUGUCACUGAGACCGCUGCUGGUGCCGCUCAAACAGUUACUGUUACCGGUGAAGCUGCUACUGUUACUGCCACUGGCGCUGCUCAGACUGUCUAUGUCACUGAGACCGCUGCUGGUCCAGCUCAAACAGUUACUGUUACCGGUGAAGCUGCUACUGUUACUGCCACUGGCGCUGCUCAGACCGUCUAUGUCACUGAGACCGCUGCUGGUGCCGCUCAAACAAUUACUGUUACCGGUGAAGCUGCUACUGUCACUGCCACUGGCGCCGCUCAAACUGUCUAUGUCACUGAGACCGCUGCUGGUGCCGCUCAAACAAUUACUGUUACCGGUGAAGCUGCUACUGUUACUGCCACUGGUGCCGCUCAAACUGUCACUGUAACUGGUGAAGCUGCUACUGUUACUGCCACUGGUGCCUCUCAGACUGUCUAUGUCACUGAGACUGCUGCUGGUCCAGCUCAAACUCUUACUGUUACUGGCGCUGCUCAAACUAUUACCGCAUCUGGUGCUGCUCAAACUCUUACCGAGACUCAGUGCAUUACCGUUACUGCCACUGGUGGAGGAAAUACAGUUACUCAGACCGUCACUGGUUCCCCAGUAACUGUCACCUCUACCGAAGGUUCUGGCUCUGGCUCUGGCUCUGGUUCUGGCUCUGGUUCUGGUUCUGGCUCUGGUUCUGGUUCUGGUUCUGGUUCUGGUUCUGGUUCUGGCUCUGGCUCUGGCUCUGGCUCUGGCUCUGGCUCUGGCUCUGGCUCUGGCUCUGGCUCUGGCUCUGGCUCUGGCUCUGGCUCUGGCUCUGGCUCUGGCUCUGGCUCUGGCUCUGGCUCUGGCUCUGGCUCUGGCUCUGGCUCUGGCUCUGGCUCUGGCUCUGGCUCUGGCUCUGGUUCUGGCUCUGGCUCUGGCUCUGGCUCUGGCUCUGGUUCUGGUUCUGGCUCUGGCUCUGGUUCUGGCUCUGGCUCUGGCUCUGGCUCUGGCUCUGGCUCUGGCUCUGGCUCUGGCUCUGGCUCUGGCUCUGGCUCUGGCUCUGGCUCUGGCUCUGGCUCUGGCUCUGGCUCUGGCUCUGGCUCUGGCUCUGGCUCUGGUUCCUCUACCACAAAAGGUGUUUCAAAUUUAGUAUCGAUAACUGAGUCAACUACUACCGGAACCAAUACUUUCGAAAGCGUUUUGUCCUCUCAAAUAUCUGUUUCUUUAACCUCAUCAGUACCGACAAGUUCUUUACCCAGCGCGACAAUUUCUUCAAAAUCGACAGUUACCAGCACUCCAGAAAUUACCAUCCCCAGUUAUUCAUGUAAUUCGGGUUAUGAGUCUAAAUUGAUUACAGUUUCUCCAACAACUUUUAGUCAAACUACAAUUCCAGGUGCAACAACAAAUGAUGUCAUUUAUCCAGAAACUGUUUUGCUUGGCACGACAUAUUCAGGAACAGUAAUUACUGUUUACGGUUGUGAGCAAUCAAGAUCUAGUUCAUCAUAUAGUAGUCCAAUUUCCACAAGUAUAGCCAGCACAGAAACAGGAUUGGUAACAAGCUUCAGCCUAAGUGUUACUGGAGCUUCUACAACUUCAACAUCAACUUCAGGAAAAUUGCUAGAGUCUAGUUCAAUACCCAUUUCCUCAACCCAAAUUUCAGAAAAGGUUACUGGUUCUCGAUCAACAACAAGUGUACUAUCAACUGGAGUAAUCUCAACAAUUACUAGUACUGCUAUCGCUUCAAUUCCUUCUUAUUCGUGUGCACCUGGUUUCAGCAAUGAAAUUAUCACUAUUUCUGCAACCACAAUCAAGGGAUCUACAGUGGCUGGUUCUGUUGUCAACGGCGUUUCUGUCCCAGCCACCGUUGUCAUUGGCACUUCUUACCCAGGCACUAUUUUAACUGUUUAUGCCUGUGAAACUGCAUCGGUGCUAUCUGUAACUACAAAUUCGGUUUCCGUUUCUUCUAGUAUUCCUCUCACCUCUGUUCCUAUUUCGUCUACUGCAGUUUCUAUCACUUCUUCAAAGUCUGUCCCGAUUUCUUCUAUCUCUGCUUCAACUGUUUCAACCAGUGUUUCUUCGACUAGCGUUUCGACCAGUUUUCCUUCUACCACAGUUGAAUCAAGUUUUGGUUCAUACACAGUUACCAGUACAGCUGCUAUCUCAAUUCCUUCUUACUCUUGUGUUCCUGGUCACAGUAAUGAAAUUUUCACUAUUUCUGCAACCACAAUCAAGGGAUCUACAGUGGCUGGUUCUGUUGUCAACGGCGUUUCUGUCCCUGCCACCGUUGUCAUUGGUACCUCUUACCCAGGCACCGUUUUAACUGCCUAUGCCUGUGAAACUGCGCCAGCUACUUCCGUGACUUCCAAUUCAGUCCCACUAUCAACAUCGAUCUCAUCAACUAUUUCUUCAGUUCCAGUAGUUUCAUCUAGUAUAUCUUUUACAACAUCAACUAGUUUAACGGGUUCCUCUUCUGUAUCUGAAUCUUCUGUAUAUUCUGAAUCUUCGAUUGCAAUCUUUUCAACAGUCACAAAAACCCCAGGCAUCUCUAUUCCCAUUUAUUCCUGUGUUUCUGGUUAUAACCCUAAGUUUAUCACUGUUCCUCCUACAACUGUUUCUCCUUCCACAACAACGGGCUCAAUUGUUAACGGUUUUACCUUUGCAGCCACAGUUUAUGAUGGUACCAUAUAUCCCGGAACAACUAUUACAAUUCAAGCUUGUGAAGUUUCCAGUACCUCAUUUUAUUCCAGCACUAGUACGCCCAUUACCGUUUCUUUUACCUCCACAUCUAUUGUAACCUCUUCUGAAGCUACACGAGUGACUUCGAGCUUUGUAUCAACCCCAACCCCAGUUUCGAGUAUUUCUUCAAUUGUUAGCUCCAGUGUUGAAAUUUCUUCUUCCGUGGCUUUCUCUACGGUUACUAGCACUCCAGUUAUUUCUUUACCCAUAUACUCCUGUGCCCCAGGAUAUAGCAAUGAGGUGGUUACUAUCACUGCUACUACAAUCGAAGCAUCAACAAUUACCGGAACUAUUGUUAGUGGCUCCAUCAUCCCUAAUACUGUCUUUAUUGAAACUGUUUUCCCUGGUACAACAUUUACUGUCUUUGCUUGCCUGUCUUCAUCAGCAGUUCCCAGCUCUUUUGUAUCCUCUAGUUCAACUACCCUGAGUUCUCAAACAAUUGCAACAUCGUCAACUGAAGUAACUCCUACGUUUACUAGCGGCUCUAGUGUCAUUGAAACUCCAACUGUAUCUUUGCCAAUUGUGACCAGCAAACCCAUUAUUUCAAUUCCCACUUAUUCGUGUGUCCCUGGUUAUAGCUCCAUGAUUGUGACAGUAGCACCAACCACCAUUAGUGCAGCGACUAUUUCUGGUUCCGUGGUUAAUGGAGUCACAAAACCAGUUACAGUUGUUAUUGGAACAUCUUAUACUGGCACAGUUCUCACAGUUAAUGCCUGUGAGUCUUCUACUGUUUCAUCAAGUGUUGGCUCUUCUUUUGCCCCAACAUCCGUCUCGAGCUUUUCUAGCGUCACUAUAACAAGUUCUAAGAUUUCGGCUACUAGUACUAUCAGCUCUGCUAUUGUUUCUUCUAACAUCUCUACCACGAGUAUCACUGGUUCAGCCUCAUUCUCGACCAUUACUAGCACACCCAGUGUUUCGAUCCCAACAUACUCAUGUGCUUCUGGUUUUAGUUCUGAGGUUAUUACUGUUGCUCCUACGACAAUUGCCUGCUCUACCAUUUCUGGUUCUGUUGUAGACGGUGUUACUUUUCCGGCCACUGUUGUUCUUGAGUCUGUUUAUCAGGGUACAAUCAUCAAAGUUUCAGCUUGCGAGACUCAGGUUUCAUCUUCAGUGUCAUCAGAACCAAGUGGUGCAUCUCUUCGUCCCCAAACUCGCUCUUCUACUUUAAUAACUUCAGAAACAAGUACUUAUGUUCCAACUACAAGUUCUUCCUCCUAUCAAUUUAAUAACUCUACUAAACCUGUCCUAUCUUCCAGUACCAUAUUUUCUAGCUCAAUAGUUACUACUUCUUUAACAGAAUCUAGUUUAUCCAUAGAUUUAUCUUCUAGCUUCCCUAUUACUAGUACUGGUUCUGUUUUGUUUACUUCUGGAACAAUUGUUACAGCUACUACAACCACUGUUCCAGAAACUCUAUCAUCUUACCACGCAUCUACUUGUGCAAUUUAUCCAAACCCCACAGUUGUUUGUUACCAGGAUGGUGCCAAUGAGCCAGCUAAAUAUGUCACACUUACUUUCUGCUCUGAGGAAUCAUCAACGCUGACUUCGGGGGCAACGUCAAUUUCAUCUGUUCACCCCAUCAGCUCAUCUUCUUCCACUAAGGUCCCAACAUCGACACCUGUAUUUGUCAACACAACAAAUACUUAUGAAAGUAUCUCCUCAUCGGCAGUCCCCACUACUUCUAGUAUUUACUCUUCUGUUAUCACCAGUUCCUCCAAUCCAUCUAGCAGCAGCUUUUUCAGUUCAGGCUUGAUUUCAAGUCGCAGCGCCUUCAAUACUUCUCUUGUCAUUCCAACGGCCACUGCCAUAUUAAGCUCAUUUGUGUCUUCUACUUCUGAACAAGCUUCUAUUGUCACAGGUACAGCUAGCUUAACAGAGACACCAUCAAUUCCAUCUCACAUAAACCCUGCACCAGGUGUUGUCACUGUUUACACUUUUGUUACUUACUGUCCUGCCUCGUUCGUUCCGGGCUCUUCGGUGUACUCAACAGUGAUUCCCGGAACCACAAUUGCAGGAACUUAUGUAGCUGGAACUACUAAGGAGGGUGUUUAUAUUCCUGGAACCACCAUUCUUCCCACCAGUAUACCUGGAACUACUAUCCCCGGUAGCUACAUUCCUGGCACUACCAUCCCGGGCACAACCCUUACCUAUACCAUUGCUAUCACUGGUACAGCAACCAAUAGUGGCUCCGUUACUGUUGAAACCAGCAACUGGGUUACUUCUACAGCCAUCCUCGCCUCUACUACUGAAGCUUCUUCUACUUGGACUACAUCGUUUUCUUCUCCUGUCACUGAAAGUUUUUCCUCUUAUAGUGUUAUUAGUACUUCUGUUUUUUCUUCAUUUGAGCCUACAUCCUCCUGUUUCACAUCCGGCAACUCCACUAAUACAGCGGUUUCUAGCACUCCCUUUGCCAUCUCAUCUUCUACAAUUUCAACAAGAGCCGCUGUUUCUUCUUCUAAUUCUGCAACUCCCACAACUUCUAACAGUAGUUUUUUUACCGCAACCUCGAUUACCAGCUCUAGUGUAGUGCCAACUUUCACUUCUAGCAGCAGUACUGGUAAUUACACAUUCACAUCUCUACCAGUAACCUCUUCUUCUACUUUUGGUGGUGUGUCGAUUUCCGUAUCUGCAUCGUCUUCGGUUCCCGGGCAGUCAGGUUCUGUGAUUUCAACUGCUGUUGACGACGCACCAGGUACCACUAGUGUAUCUGUAGCCGUACCUUCAACAUUAGCCAGUGAAGAUGGCAUGUUGGCAAGUGCACCUUCUACCACAGGUUCCACCUUUUCAGCUUCGGCAUCAGCUUCAACUUCAGCUAUCAAUGGAAGCGCUACUACCAUUGCAGUAGCAGAAGCCACAACUCCAAGUAUUGCUGAGCGAGACUUUGCUUACAAUGCUGCUGGCAGCAAGAGCAAGUCUGAAUUUUCUAAGAAAUUUUUGCAGGGCAAAUUUUUCACAACUCUGCAACUUUGGGCUCAUUAA